UUGAACGGCUUGGAUUGUUUACCACCCUAGACUCAGACCAGCGGCAGCAGAUAGAGCGAGUGUGCGUGCCAAAAAGAAUAGAGAGAUAUCAUCAGAAAAGAGAGACAUCAGAGAGAGGGAAAAAAAACUCAGAUUAGAGAGGAGAACACCACACCUCAGCCGAUUCUACUAGAUCCGACGUAGGUGCGAUGCCAAGCCACCAACGGAAGGGAUUGACCAGUGGAAGAGGAAGAAUGAGAUUAUGCAAAUUUGCGUGGCAGAGCUUAGAGAGAGAAGCGGUAUCAUAUGUGUUGUUAAUUUGUUGAUAUGUUGGGGGCAAAGUUUAAGUUUUCAGGCUGCCAUUUUUUUCCAAAAUAUUGGGGCUGAUGAAAGCAAGUACUCAGAGAGCUCUUGCCCUGUUGGACCAAUCCCUGAGCCUUACCAUGACGCAUGUAAAGCAAAUCCAAUGCCAUCUCACUGUUUCAGGCACCCUUUUGGAUCCUCAUGCCGCUACCAAGAUCAUCUCCUUCUGCGCAGUGUCGGACCAUGGAGACUUGAACCACGCCUAUCAACUUUUUCACCAUUUACCCAAUCCAUCCAAACUCAUUUGGAACACCAUGGUCAGAGCUUUUGCCGAGAAAAAUGAACCCAUUAAAGCUGUGUGUCUUUAUAAGAAUAUGCUUCACAUUGGCUUCUUGCCCAACAACUAUACUUUCUCUUUUCUCCUUAGAGCUUGUGCUCACCUCUCUGAUAUCUCAUUGGGUACAAUUUUCCAUGCCCAAGUCGUCAGGCUUGGCUGGGAAUCAUAUGACUUUGUGCAGAACGGGUUGAUCCAUUUGUACGCGACUUGUGACUGCAUGGAAUCAGCUCGUAAGUUGUUUGAUACGAGUGUGAACCGGGAUGUCAUUACGUGGACUGCUUUGAUUAAUGGCUACGUUAAAUCGGGACUAGUUGUGGUUGCACGGGAACUGUUUGAUCAAAUGCCUGUGAAGAAUACUGUUUCUUGGGGUGCGAUGAUAACUGGUUAUGCACAAGUUGGUUUGUUCAAAGAGGCUUUGGAGCUCUUUAAUGAUAUGCAGGUUUCUGGGUUUCGGCCUAAUCAUGCUGGUAUUGUGGGUGCACUCACUGCGUGUGCUUUUCUUGGCGCAUUGGAUCAGGGAAGGUGGAUACAUGCAUAUGUGGAUAGAAAUGGGAUGGAAUUAGAUAGAGUGUUGGGCACUGCUCUUAUUGACAUGUACGCAAAAUGCGGGUGCAUUGAAACUGCUCGUAGUGUAUUUGAUGAGAUGCCGAAUAUGAAUAGAGAUGUUUAUGCGUUUACUUCUUUGAUUUCAGGCCUAGCAAAUCAUGGUCAGAGUGGUAGUGCGAUAGAGUUGUUUGUUAGGAUGAAGAAUGAAGGAGUUUUUCCUAAUGAAGUAACAUUUAUAUGUGUAUUAAGUGCAUGCAGUCGAAUGGGGUUGGUGGAUGAAGGUAUGAGAAUUUUCAAUAGCAUGAGUGAGGAGUACAGGAUGGCGCCAGGGGUCCAACACUAUGGCUGUUUGGUAGAUCUCUUAGGAAGAGCUGGGAUGCUAGAAGAGGCAAAGAAGGUGGUGAGAGAGAUGCCCAUGGAACCAGACCCCUAUGUUUUGGGUGCAUUGCUCAAUGCUUGUAGAGUUAAUGGAGAUGUUGAGUUGGGUAAAGAAACGGUUGAGCACUUGAUUCAUCAGAGUCUAGACCAUGGUGGGGUUCAUGUUCUUCUUUCCAACAUGUAUGCUUCUGCUAACCAAUGGGAUUGUGUCGCAAAGGUAAGAAAGGGAAUGGAAGAGAAAAGGGUACGGAAGCUUCCCGGAUGCAGCUUGAUUGAAGUAGAUGGUGUGGUUUUUGAAUUUGUAGCUGGAGAUAGGUCGCAUGCGCCUAUGGAGGAAAUCAUGUUAAUGUUGCUUGCAAUUGACACACACCUCAAGUUUUCUCAGCAUGAUGAUGACGAUGACAUUGACUGUGAUAAGAUAAAUGAAUAAAUCAACUUCGAUAUGAGAAUUGGUGUAUACACAGCUCACUUGCCAAUAAGGGGGAACUGGAGAGCAGGGUCUUCACUCCCUUAAUUUUCAAGGUGUUAGUUUGUAUCCCUGGAUGCGGCAGAGAAUGGACCCAAUGUUGCUUGGAAAUUAUCCUAAUCAGCAGUACGGGUACCAAGCCAUGUUGGCUGCUGGCAUGCAGAACCUAGGAAGUGCAGAUCUCCUAAGACAUCAAGUUAUGCAAUUUCAGCAGCCUUUACAGGGUCUUCAACAGCCAGGGAGCCAUACUUCACUCUUGCAGCAGCAGCAGCAGCAACAACAGCAACAACAAGAAGAAGCAAUUCCUCUUAAUAUCCUGCAGGCACAAACCCAAGUUUUAUAAGAGAACAUGCCACAGCACCUUAUAUGGCAAUCACUUAACAACCAACAAGAGGAUCAGGCAUGGCAACAGCAACAUACCUAUCAGAAUACACUUCAUAUUCGAAGUGAUCAGCUGCAUCAGAGGCUGCAGUCAAAUGUGCCUUCUUCAUCCUUUGUGAAGGCAGACUUCAUGGAUCCAAGUACAAAGUUCUCAGCAUCCAUUAGCCCUAGACAAAACAUGGUCAGUUCACUUUGUCCUGAAGGGAGUAGCAAUAUUUUGAACUUCUCCAGAGUUGGUCAGUCCAUGCUAGCUGAGCAGUUACCCCAACAAUCAUGGGCUCCAAAGUAUUCACAUUCAAAGGUUGAUGAUUUUGCCAACUCAAUGUCACACUCACCUUAUCCUGGGAAAGAUGCUACUGAAGAGCCAGAAAUUUGUGACUCUGCUUCUCAGAAUCCUACUCCUUUUGGUGUUCAUGUUGAGUCAUCUGGACUUCUACUCCGUGCCACUAUGUCUACUUUUGCUACAUCAGUUGAUGCUGAUGUGUCCUCAAUGCCAUUAGGGGAUACUGGAUUUCAGAAUUCUCUGUACGGUUCAGAGCAAGACUCCUCUGAGUUAUUGAACAGUGCAGGGCAAGUUGAUCCACCAACCCCAUCUCAGACUUUUGUCAAGGUUUAUAAAUCAGGGUCGGUUGGGCACUCACUAGACAUCUCCCAGUUCAGCAGCUAUAUGAGCUGCAAGAGGAGCUGGUGCAGAUGUUUGGAAUUGAGGGAAAGUUUGAAGACCCUCUUAGAUUAGGCUAGUAGCUUGGAUGUGUUGACAGGGAAAAUGAUGUGCUUCUCCUUGGAGACGACCCAUGGGAGUAGGUAUUUAAAUGGAUAGCCCUUUGAUUAGAGUAUUUACAAUGGAUAGCCCUUUGAUUAGAUGCUUUUGAAGGUUUAUCUAUUAAUUGGUUUGAAAAUGGUUUUUUGUUAAAUUUGGGGUUUCUUGUGACAACAUUGAGAUUGUGAAUGAAGCCUCUUUUCUCUGUUCUCCUUCUCCAUGAUCUCCUUGAAAAGGCAAAGUAAAACUUGUUUAGUGACGGGUCCAGAUGCUCUGUAGAGUUGAAGGCGUUCCCACUAACAUUCCCCCCUCCAAAAAAAAAAACAUUGCCAUUGCGUCUACUCAGAACUUGGGGCGUUCGUCAAUAAUGUUUGGUAUAUAAAGAUAAUUUCACCCGAGGGUGUCCAUAAAAUGGGAGAGCAAGCAGUUGAAUCCUUCAGCCCACAAGGUGGUCAAAGGCUGAAUUGCAGUAGUGGUGAAGCUCAAGACCUUGUCUCAGGGCUACCAUCUCUUGGCAUGCUCGGGAACUGAGGUUGAGGUUAAUAUAAAAGCAUAUUACAUAUAUUCCCAGAAAUUGUUUCUAGUUUCACUCGCUGAUAAAUCCAAAUAUUGGAUAUACUAGUUUUGGUAUGUGACACUGCCUAUUUGCCUUUGUUUGGCUCGCAAGUAUGUUGUAUAACCUUUUUUUCUAAGACUCUAGUAUUAAUGGGUUUGACUCUUAUGGAGAAAAAUAUAA